AUUCUCUUUCUUCCUUCCUUCUUCCAAAGACAGAAAAAAACCAAAAAUGUAUGCAAUGAAAGAAGAAGACUGUCUACAAACGUUUCACAACUUACAAGACUAUCAAGACCAGUUUCUUCUUCACCACCAUCCACAAAUCCUCCCCUGGUCAUCUUUACCUUCGUUUGAUCCGACCCAUUUCCAAUCUAACCAGACCCGUUACUCUGACCCGGUACACUAUUUCAACAGAAGAGCUUCGUCUUCCUCUUCUUCCUUUGACUAUGCAACGGAUGGUUUCGUCUCUCCUCCUCCAUCUAUGGAUCAUCAUCAGAACCAUCUAAGGAUCUUAUCCGAAGCACUUGGACCCAUCAUGCGUCGUGGCUCGUCCUUCGGGUUUGAUGGUGAGAUUAUGGGGAAAAUGAGCGCACAAGAGGUAAUUGAUGCUAAGGCUUUGGCUGCUUCAAAGAGUCACAGUGAAGCUGAGAGGAGAAGACGAGAGAGAAUCAACACUCAUCUUGCUAAGUUGCGUAGUAUUUUACCAAAUACAACCAAAACGGACAAAGCUUCGUUGCUAGCGGAAGUGAUACAACACAUGAAGGAGUUAAAACGACAGACAUCACUGAUCACCGACACGUGUCAAGUCCCAACAGAGUCCAAUGAUCUGACCGUCGAUUCGUCUUACAACGAUGAAGAAGGGAACUUGGUGAUAAGAGCAACCUUUUGCUGCGAUGACAGGACUGACCUCAUGCAUGACGUCAUCAAUGCCUUAAAGUCUCUUCGUCUCCGAACUCUAAAAGCCGAGAUCGCAACCGUAGGUGGUCGAGUCAAGAACGUCUUGUUCUUGAGCCGAGAAAUCGAAGAAGAAGAUGAUGGAUAUUGUAGAAACUUCGAUGGAGAUGACGUGGAGAACUAUGAUGAAGAGAACAGGUUUAAUCGUGUGACUUCGAUAGAAGAAGCGUUAAAGGCGGUUAUAGAGAAGUGUGCCAAUAAUAAUGAUGAAAAUAAUGAGAACAAUAAUAACUUGGAGAAAUCAUCUUCAGGGAGUAUUAAGAGGCAGAGGACUAGUAAGAUGGUAAAUCGAUGCUAUAAUUAGUUCUACCUGAUUGAUUAAGUCAUCAAGUCUUUAAGUAAUUAGGUCUACUUAAUUAGACUUGCAAAAAAAUGGGAUUAUGGGUUGGUGGUAUUAAUAUUUAGUAUCAUUUGAGUUUUCUCUCUACUUUUUAAUUUGGUUUGGGUUUCUUCUUCUAUGUUUUUAAUCUACGAAGGACCCUUUGUUUAGGGUUUUAUAGCGAUGGGCUUUGGUUUAUAUAGUGUACUAUAAUUAAGACAUUUUAUCGUCUUAAUUUAUAUAGGAAAUGUAAAGAGCUUUGGGUUUCUAUUAAUGGAGGUGUGGAAUCAAGAAAGUUUUUUUUUUUUAUU